AUGUCACUUACGAGACUAGGGAACCUUUGUGCUCAUUUGCAAAAUGUCACUAGAGUGAAUUUAGCCACAACUGCUAUCCCAUAUUCAAGAAUGCAUUUAGAAGUUGCAUCACAUCUAUAUAAACAAGGUUUCAUCACAUCAGUACAAAAAGGCUCUCUAAAUGGUCCAGAUUUAAAACCAGUUGACGUUACACCAGAUAAUAUUGCCAGUAGAAGACUAUGGUUGGGGCUAAAGUAUAGAGGUACAGAUUCUGUCAUUAGAAAAGUUUCAUUAAUUUCCAAACCAAGUCGUAGAAUUAUUUUAGAUCAUGAUCAAUUGAAAUUAUUAGCUGCUGGUAAAUCAGUUAGAGAAAUCAAACCAUUACAACCAAGUGAAUUGGUACUUGUGAAAGUUGAUACUACAAAACGUAAUUUCAGUUACGAAAUUCUUGAUUUGGCUGAAGCUAUUGAAAGAGGUGGAAGUGGUGAAGUUUUAUGUCGUAUCAAAUAA